GAGCUGGACUGGGAGGCUGCAGAGCCGGGUUGGGGCCCGACCCUAAGAGGGUGAGGCAGGCCCGGGGGCAGAAAUGCAAGUGGGUUGAGGGUCAGCCCCGAGAGGGAGACGCCCCCACGGGUAGUCGGAGGGUGCUCUCAGGGCACCUUGGCCUGGUCGGAGGCCUCUGGAGGGACUGUACGACAGCUCCGAGAGUGACCUGGCCGGAGAGAGCGAAGACAAAGAGGCCGGAAUCCCGCACCCGCCGCUCUUUGAGCUGAGCCCCACUCCCGCGAACCUCGCAGCCCUCCGAGCCCCUGGCCAGCAACCGAACUCGUCAUCAGAAGACCCAUUACUACUGCCCUCUCGGACUCCCUGUCUCCACCAACUGUGUGUGACUCCCUACGCCCACCGGCCCUUCUUCAGGAACCAAAACCAGUCCUCCCAAUGCGCGAGGUUUCCCGUCAAUAAUUCCCGAACAGUUGCUGAUCGUUUACUUCUGCUGUGAGGGAAAACAAAGACCAGUAUUCAGUACUUGAUUUUUGUCCCGGGUGGGAACUGGUAGUUGUGGAGUCUGAGGGGGCGGGGAGGAUGUAAAGGGCCUCUGGAAGGACUUGCAGAGGUACUGGGAGAGAUCAGCUGCGACCAGCUGGACAGGGGCUUUGUGUUGCCUUCAGCAGGAUGGUGACUUGCCUUUAGAUCCUCUCAAGCUCCAGGUUUCCCAUAUGGUUCAAACUCAGUUUGCAACAUUGGUCAGGGGAGCUAAAUGGGAUCAGAUUUGGGGGGAGGUGGAAGAAGAGCAGACAGUACUUUAUUCUCUGCUGCUUCCCGGGGCUGCUGUGGAAGUCACCCAGAAAUGCAGCCUUUGAAAGGUCUCUUUCCUUCAUGUUCAGUUUUGGCUUGCUAUCCUGAAGUUGGUGCUACCUCAGAUGGCCAUGUGGAGUAUAUGGGAAAGCAGGCCAGCUCUUGGCAAGACUUUAGACCUAUGAGUGUAUUUCUUCUGAUAGUGCCAUCUCUCUCUACCCUAGGAAGAAACUCUUCUUACAGUGAGAGACUCAUCUGCAGGUGAUUCUCCAAGGACAUGGGAAAAUAGGUGUAAGCCCUCGAACCCUUAAGUGGAGGGCAGCUGCUUUCUGCUGUGAAUGAUGGCCAAACCCACUCUGAGAGGGAAUGGCCCUAACUCUGAGACCUUCCGACAGCGCUUCAGGAGAUUUCACUACCAGGAGGUAGCUGGGCCCCGGGAGGCUUUCAGCCAACUCUGGGAACUUUGCUGUCGUUGGCUAAGGCCGGAGGUGCGCACCAAGGAGCAGAUUGUAGAAUUGUUGGUGCUAGAGCAGUUCCUGACCAUCUUACCUGGGGAGAUCCAGGAUUGGGUACAGGAGCAAUGUCCAGAAAGUGGAGAGGAGGCAGUGGCUCUGGUGGAAGAUUUAGAAAGAGAGCCUGGAAGACCUGGAAGUUCGGUCACAGUCUCUGUGAAGGGGCAGGAAGUGCGCUUGGAGAAGAUGACACCCUUGAAAUCAUCACGAGAGUUAUUAAGUGUUCGGCAGGAGUCAGUGGAACCCCAGCCCAGGGGUGUAACCAAGAAAGAGAGGGCAAGAAGCCCAGACCUGAGACCACAGGAGCAGAUGAAUCCAAAGGAGAAGCUCAGACCUUUUCAAAGGAGCGGAUUUCCAUUUCCUAAAUCCGGUGUGGUCUCCAGAUUGGAGCAAGGAGAGCCAUUGGUCCCUGCUCUGGGCUCCAAGGAGAAGGAACUUUCAAGAGGCAGUCACACAGGAGAUAGACAAAUGCAUGCUGAUCUGUUAUCAUCCAAGAGAGAGAGAAGGACCUGGGUGGAACAGGAUCACUGGGGCUUUGAGGAUGAGAAGGUAGCAGGUGUGCACUGGGGCUAUGAAGAGACCAGAACUCUCCUUGCAAUUCUCAGUCAGACUGAGUUUUAUGAGGCUCUCCGAAACUGUCACCGAAACAGCCAAGUGUAUGGAGCUGUGGCUGAGCGGCUCCGGGAGUUUGGCUUCCUUCGGACCCUCGAACAAUGUCGGACCAAGUUCAAAGGUCUCCAGAAGAGUUAUAGGAAAGUCAAGAGUGGUCACCCACCUGAGACCUGCCCCUUCUUUGAAGAGAUGGAAGCCCUGAUGAGUGCCCAGGUUAUUGCCUUGCCCAGUAAUGGCUUGGAAGAGAGAGCCUGUUACUCUGGCCUGGUGGGCAGUGAUGCUGAGACUGAGGAGCCAGGGCAGGGGGGUUGGCAGCAUGAGGGAGCAGAAGAGGCCAUGGCUGAAGAGUCUGACAGUGAUGAAAUGGUCCAGGAAGCCACCCCCCAAGACCCCGACAACUUGACUGCACCUGUUCUUUUUCGAAGCCCAAGUGGUGUACACUGGGGUUAUGAAGAGACGAAGACUUACCUUGCAAUUCUUAGUGAGACUCAGUUCUACGAAGCCCUCCAGAACUGUCACCGCAACAGCCAGUUGUAUGGAGCAGUGGCUGAGCGGUUAUGGGAAUAUGGAUUCCUUAGGACACCAGAGCAGUGUCGGACCAAGUUUAAAAGCCUACAAACCAGCUAUCGGAAAGUCAAGAAUGGCCAAGCACCAGAGACCUGUCCAUUCUUUGAAGAAAUGGAUGCUUUGGUGAGUGCCAGGGUUGUUGCCCCAUCCAGUGAUGGCCAGGAAGAGGAGACAGCCUCUUGCCCCAUCCAGGAGGUCAAUGAGACUGAAGCUGAGAAGCAAGCUGAGGUGGCAGAAGAGACCAUAGAAGAAGAUUCUGAGGAUGAUGAAGAGGAUACUGAGGUACCCUUAGAGGUUGUCAUGACCCGUGCUCCAGUCUUAUUCCAGAGUCCCAGUGGUUUUGAGGCUGGAUUUGAUAACGAAGAGAAUGUAAAACGAGAUAUUUCUGAGGAAGUACAACUACAUAGGACAUUACUUGCAAGGUCAGAAAGGAAAGUUCCCUGGCAUCUUAAUCAGGGUAAAGGCAGUGACACUGAAUGUAGAUCAGAACGACAGUGGGAAAAGACCCCAGGGGAGAGAAGAGGAAAAUCAACACUCCCAGAAAGGAGUUUAGGUAAAGUUCUAAAUCAUCAGAAACCUUAUUUGGGAGAGAGACCCUAUAAAUAUCUCAGAUACGGCAAAAGCUUUGGUCCGAACUCCCAGCUCAUGCAUCAGAUAUCCCAUCAAGUGGAAAAUCCAUAUAAAUGUGCUGACUGUGGGAAAAGCUUCAGUAGGAGUGCACGCCUCAUUAGACACCGGAGAAUCCACACUGGAGAGAAACCUUAUAAAUGUCUUGACUGUGGGAAAAGUUUCCGUGACAGUUCAAAUUUCAUCACCCAUAGGAGAAUCCACACAGGAGAGAAACCGUAUCAAUGUGGUGAGUGUGGGAAACGCUUCAAUCAGAGCUCAAGCCUUAUAAUUCACCAGCGAACCCACACAGGAGAAAAGCCCUAUCAAUGUGAAGAGUGUGGAAAAAGCUUCAACAACAGUUCUCAUUUCAGUGCACAUCGGAGGAUACAUACAGGAGAGAGACCCCAUGUGUGUCCUGACUGUGGAAAGAGUUUCAGUAAGAGUUCUGACUUACGUGCACAUCAUAGAACCCACACAGGAGAGAAGCCCUAUGGGUGUCGUGAUUGUGGCAAGUGCUUUAGUAAAAGCUCUGCUCUUAAUAAGCACCGAGAAAUCCAUACACGAGAAAAACUUCUGUCACAGUCGGCACCUAAGUAAGCUCCUGAGAAUUUAAAGGAAAGAAAUAUAUCAAAAUGGUUGGAAAAAGUCUGCCAAUAGUGAGAUCCAUCUCCUAUUCUCUGCCCAACUAGCUUAGGAAACACUCUAGGAUUUACCCCACCCUUGUUCCUAUGUUUUUCCUGGAUCUAUGAUUCCCAAGGCAGUCAUCUUAAGAAUGAGAGGAUGAUUUCAGUCCCUCUCCUUGCCUGUAUUUGAAAUGACAGAUGACACCUUUACCUCUCAGUGCCUAUGUUGUUCCCUUAAUAGACAGGACUAGGUAGUAUAUCCUAUAGUUUUGAUAUAUACCCUUAUUUAUUCAUCCUGUUAUUCAGCUGUAUUUCAACUGGAAAAACUUAUCACUGCACCAUUUCAGGGAGACGUUGUGAGACUUUUCUAAUUGAGUGGGUCUAGCUCUUUAUAUAGUAAAGGAAAUGCAAGUAAGAAUGGCUCUUUGUGUUCACAUAAGCCUGUCCUCAGAAUGACAUUUGUCAUGCACACUUCAUUUACCUUACACGAGAGUUUAAUGUCCACCUUGACUCUGACCUAUUAAAGAAUUUGUCAAAAGCCUAGGUGUCUGUAUGGGGAAACAUUGUAAACCUUGUAUAAAUAUUGAGUUAUGAACCCUGAAUUUCUUAGUUUCUUCCAAGUCUUAGAUGUUCUCGAAUAGAGUAGAGCAUCUAGUUUGAUCUUUUUUUCUUCUUCCAUCUCAUCUGAAUUUCAUCUGUCUCUUGUCCAGAUGUGCAAAGAGCAAGCCAGCUGGAUAUGUUGAGAGGGAAAGCAGUUAAAGCUGCCAGUAGGGAAUUGGCUGUGUUCCACACACUCCAGACACCUAGAUUAGUGUUAUGUACCCCAUGGGCACUUAAUACUAACCUGCACUGAGCAGAAGCCACUGCCAUGUUCCCAUGGAUUAGGAAACAGACCACUUUGUGCCAACAACUCUAGCCUAAUGGCAGGGAGGACAGAUUAUUUUUGGUCAUUGGAGUUGCCAAUACUUGCACACAUGCACACGCACACAUUCAACUGUACACACCUAUUUUUAGAAGCUCUCAAACACAAGUAUAAUUCUGAUCUAUGUAUAACCAAAUAGUAUUGAAUUAAUUGCCCAUAUAUUCAUAGUAGAGCACAAGGUAAACAGACUCUGUCCUUGUCCUUAGUCUAAAACAGAUGACACUGACAUGGACAAACAAUAAAUGCACAUGUAGAGCUGUAACAGUUUUAGAGAAAUCUAGAAAUAUAGUAACAUUAUGCAUAAAUGUUAAGAUCUAAUGCAUUAUAGUUUUCUAUAAGAAAAAUCUGGGAGGUAUUUUUUUCUCUUUAUUCAGGAAGGCUUCAUGAAACAGCAAGUGUUUAAAGGAAGGAGGGUUACUAGGUAAAUUAGAGUGGGAUAAACUUUCCAAAAUAAAUCACAAAACUGAGUUCUGAGUGGGUGAGAAAUGGGAAAAAUGGGGAACAAGGUAUUAUGAUAGAAGAAACACCAGUCUAAAGCAGUGCCUCUGGAUCUGAGAUGGUUUAGUAAGUGUGCUAGAAUGUUUCUGAAAAUGAGAGAUUACUGUCUUUAGUAUAUUUAUGUGUAGUUGUGUGUAAAAAGCACCGGUUGGUGUAUCAGCAGAUAUGAAUUCUGGUUCCAGAUGUCUUGUAAGUCAACCUGUUUGUAUCCAUCUCCCUUUCUGUAAAUCAGAAUAACGUUUACACCUUAAUCUGCCUCUCAGGGAUACCAUGUUAAUAAAAAAUUAUGUCUAUAAAGUA